GAAUCAGUUGCGCUUUUGCGCUCCAGCCAGUCGAGCUCACGGACGCGCGAGACCAUCCACCCGCUCACCGGUGACUGCGCACGGGCUGAGGACUCUAUCCCGACGGUGUAUUGCUGGAUUUUAGAAUUUUUAUAAAUUGGCUUUUUUUUUUUUUUUCCCUCACUUCACUUUUCCAGUAUAAUUGACUUCUCUUUUGCGCGAUGCAGAAGAUGUCUCGACCUCUUUCUAUAAACUCAACUUUCCUACCUCCGACCCACGGCGUCCUCAAAUCCCUGCUGGAGAACCCCAUGAAACUGCCCUUUCACCAUGAUGAAGGUUUUGGGAAAGAGAAAGAAAAAGAGAAGAAAUUGGAAGAGGAUGGAAACAGUCUCAACACCCCUCAGUCCGCCUUCUUGGGGCCGACUUUGUGGGAUAAGACCCUGCCGUACGAUGGCGAUAACUUACAACUGGAGUACAUGGAUUUAGAGGAGUUCCUGUCGGAGAACGGAAUUCCUGCCAACCCUCACAGCGAGCAGAGCCAACCUUCCCAACAGCCCCCCUCGGCCCCGGCCACACCCUCCGUGGUGGAUCUCAGUAACCGGGCAACCACAUCGGUUCACUCCGGGAUAGUCACAGAAAACUGCCUUCAGAGCCCAAACAGAGCAGCUCUUCCCACUUCACGUGACACACCCAGUCCGAUAGAUCCAGACUCGAUCCAGGUUCCGGUCGGGUACGAGCCCGACCCCGCUGACCUCGCCCUCUCCAGCGUCCCGGGUCAAGAGAUCUUUGACCCUCGCAAGCGCAAAUUCAGCGCAGAGGAGCUAAAACCGCAGCCCAUGAUCAAGAAGGCACGCAAGAUCUUCAUUCCAGAAGACUUGAAGGAUGACAAAUACUGGGCCCGCCGCAGAAAGAAUAACGUUGCGGCAAAGCGCUCCCGGGAUGCUCGCCGGCUGAAGGAGAACCAGAUCGCCAUCCGUGCAGGAUUCCUGGAGAAAGAGAACACAGCGCUCAGACUGGAAGUGGCCGACCUGCGGAAGGAGCUCGGCCGCUGUAAGAACAUUAUGGCCAAAUACGAGGCGCGGCACGGCCCUCUGUGAGCCACCCCCCACUGCCACCACCCUGACAAAACCCGCCCACUUUCUUAGGAAUAGCCCCACCCACAACCAUCCCCCAGGGACUUCUGUGCACCUCAUAAAGGUGGCCAAUGUCUCCUCUCUCUCUCUCUCUACGAAACCUGUUUUGAUUUUAGUCGAAAUCUUUAGUUGAUGAUUUAUUUUAAAUUUGUGUAUUAGUGUCUGUCUUUUUCCUCUUAUGUACAUGUCCCUGUAUUCCACGCAGUAUGUAUCUCGCUUUUUCUUUGUUCGUUUGUUUGUUCCUUCACCAACGAUGGAUCGUUUCUUUCGGAAAUGAUUCUACAUGUCGUUUUAUACACCUGUAAUAUGGACUGAGAACUGAUAAAUAUUCUCCUCGCUACUCACCCUCUUGUCUGUCAAUCAUACGCUCGGCCCAUCCCUCUUUUCCCAGAGGCUCCGCCCACUUACAGUUGCGCAUGCUUUCUUCUUUAUUUGACAGAAGUUUAUUUUGUGUAAAUUAAUGUAAUUUUAGUUGAAUAGCUGUACACACCUUCAUUUUUCUUUCUUUUAAGUGUGUAUAACACUAGCUAGUGCCAGGGCGUGAUGUUUGUUUUAGUUUUUCCCAUUAUUUGUGUAUAGUUUUUUGUCUGUUUUGUUUCUAUUGUCACUUUUAAACCAACACCAGCGUUGUUUUUUUGUCUUUACUACAUUGUCCAUGGAGCAAUAAGCCUAAUUCACUUCAGAGGGCAAAAAUGUAUGAAAUGUAAGCUAGAUUCUUUUCCUCUAAAAGUUCCUGUUUGAAAAGCCUGUUUCAUAGCGCCAUCACGUACAUCAUUUUUGCUGUACUGCGGACACUUUCCCUCCAAAAUGCUGAAUCCAUUUUGUCUCAACCUGUCUCGCUCUAACCCCCUGCACUAAUGCGUGUUUCACAAUCUGAGCUGGUGCAAUGUUUCUAUAGUACCUACACUAUAAUCUGCUUGAUGGAUGUUUAUUUUAUUUUAUUUUUUUCAGAAAUAUUCAGCUGUUAAUUACUACUAUUGUUAUAGCUGUUCUUAUUGUUAUGGCUGUAUAGUAAUUUUCCUGAUCAUUUAUUGUUUUAAUGGAUAUUUCAGCAUGAAUAUUGUUUCAGAAUUGUGGCCUCAAGUUAAUUGUAAAUGGCUAUUUUUUUUAUUUUUAUUUUUAUUUUUUUUUAAGGACGAUUAUUCAAUCCUCUGUUUUAUUUUUUAUUUAAUUUUUUUUUAUUUUUUUGUUUUAUUUUUUUUUACCUAAAGCAUGUUUUUCUCUUUUUUUUUCAUUUGUUUUUAAGUCAGUACAAAUAGAUAUUUGUAGUGAUUGCGUGUUCGGCUGUAUGACUGCAGUGGAUGUGUUUGAGGCGUUUGUUUAGCAGGUGUUGUCUCAAAUACUGUGGUUGAAACCCAAUCAGUUUGUUUACUGCAGACCAAAAGAUACGGCACACAGAAGAUUUAUUGAUAAAACAGAGUUUUAAUGUUAUAUAUAUAUAUAUAUAUAUAUACACACUAUAAGUUGCUUUUUUGUACAGUAUUUUUCCUAUGUGAUACUGUCUGAAUAUUUUCAAGGCACAACAAAUCCAUAGUAGUACAAGAGAAAUAUAUGAUAUUAUAUAGCUAUAUAUCUAUUAUUCAGAACUAUUUGACUUAGUGUUUUGAUAUAUUAUGAGGUAUAUAACAGGGAUUGUUAUUCAGAAAAGUGAAACCCACGAUCUUAUCUGGGCAUUAAAAACCUUCUGCAUCCUUGUAUUCAAAUAGCCUUUAGUGUUCUGUCUCAGGGAACGUUAGCAUCUGGACCUCACAAUAAAAUCUUUUUUUUCCUGUGCAUUAAUACUAUUUCUCCAAAUGGAAGGAGCUGCAAUACCUCCUUUGACCACACGAGUCAGUAUAACUCGCACGUAAUGUUUUUAAUGAGUUUUAAUGAGUAUUGCUAUUGGUUCUUUGAAUGGAAAUCUAAAGGCUAUAUACUUUCUUGUUGAGUGUUGUUAAAGAAUGUUUAGUAAGGCUGCUUCUUAAGCUUUGCUUGGUUUGAAUGUUAAAAGUCUUGUUGUCAAUGGAGUCACCGGCUACGUUCGGACUAGCAUACUAGCGUACAACUUGUACGUUAUCUGCAGUGUGUAGUAGGUACUGUGCACAGUACAUUUUUUGUGUCAAAAACCUGCACAUUGAGGUUUGAAAGUUAAGACAUUUUUUACAGAUUAAAAAUGCAAAUUAUUCACUUUUAGUAAACUAGACAUCUCACUCAAGUAUACAUGCAACAUAGUGAGGUCAUGUGGUAACCAUGUAGUAUACUACUUUUUGAAAUGCCUCAAAUGUUAUUUCUAAAAAUAGUAUACGGAAUACAGUGCAUACUGCGCAGUAUUCAGCAAGUAGUAAGCUAGUGUUCUGAGUAAUUACUGGUUGUAGAAAAUCUUCUGGUUCAAAAUCAGUUUUUCUCUGUCUGUUAUAUUUAGUUUUCGCUGUAUCCACUGGUGACUUCAUUGACAACGAUAAAAGUCUCUGUCUGCCCUAGUUCAGCCCAAGUUAACGUGUUUAUAAUUGUGUUUUUGUUGAGGAUAGAUUGGGCAGAAAUGGCGCUGAUUUGUUUUUGUCCUGUGUUCUUUUUCAUUUCCCUUUAUUUUCUUGUUUGUUUGUUUGUCGCAUAAAUGCAGAUGUGAAGACUGUAGCGCGAGCUGUGCGUGCAUAAAGCCCUGUAUAGUUCACAUGCUGACUGUUUUCUGUCUGUACAAAACUCAAAUAAAUCCAGGAUUAAGCCAAA